GGAGAGAGGGCGCGUGGUCGCGUCGUCACGUGGCCCGGGCGGAUUUGUUUGCGGAAGUAGAAGGUGCUGAGUAAGCUGAGGUCCCUCCAGGCCCAGAAUCAGGGGAACAGCGCUAGUGGGGAGCGACCCGGGUGCCUGGGCAGGAAUCCGCUGCACUUGGUGAGGUGGGCAUGGGAGACCGAGCCCAGCUGACCAGAGACCCCGUUUUCUUCCAGACUGAGGGGGAAGGUGGUGGGGCCUCCCCACCUGCCCCGCAGAAGAUGCAGUUCUUCGGCCGCCUGGUCAAUACCCUCAGUAGCGUCACCAAUUUGUUCUCUAACCCAUUCCGGGUGAAGGAGGUGGCUGUGGCAGAUUACAACUCGAGUGUCCGGGUCCGGGAGGAAGGGCAACUGAUUCUGUUCCAGAAUGUCACCACCCGCACCUGGGACUGCAUCCUGGUCAACCCCAGGAACACACAGAAUGGAUUCCGACUCUUCCAGCUGGAGAAUGAGGCUGAUGCCCUGGUGACCUUCCAGCAGUAUUCUGCCCAGUUGCCGCCCUUCUAUGAGAGCUCUGCCCAGGUGCUGCACAUUGAGGUCCUACAGCAUCUGACCGACCUCAUCCGCAGCCACCCCAGCUGGUCAGUGGCCCACUUGGCGGUGGAGUUGGGGAUCCGCGAGUGCUUCCAUCACAGCCGGGUCAUCAGCUGCGCCAACAGCACAGAGAGCGAGGAGGGCUGCACCCCCCUGCACCUGGCCUGCCGCAAGGGCGACAGGGAGAGCUUGGUGGAGCUGGUGCAGUACUGCCACGCCCAGAUGGACGUCACCGACAACCGUGGAGAGACCGCCUUCCAUUAUGCCGUCCAGGGCGACAGCUCCCAGGUGCUGCAGCUCCUAGGAAAGAAUGCGUCGGCUGGCCUGAACCAGGUGAACCACCAAGGGCAGACACCGCUGCACCUGGCCUGCCAGAUGGGGAAGCAGGAGAUGGUGCGCAUUCUGCUGCUGUGCAAUGCCCGCUGCAACAUCAUGGGGCCCACUGGGUACCCCAUCCACACUGCCAUGAAGUUCUCCCAGAAGGGGUGUGCUGAAAUGAUCAUCAGCAUGGAUAGCAACCAGAUCCACAGCAAGGACCCUCGCUAUGGAGCCAGCCCCCUCCACUGGGCCAAGAACGCUGAGAUGGCUCGCAUGCUGCUGAAACGGGGCUGUGAUGUGGACAGCACCAGCUUCGCGGGGAACACAGCCCUGCACGUGGCCGUGAUGCGCAACCGCUUCGACUGCGUCAUGGCGUUGCUGACCCACGGGGCCAACGCGGAUGCCCGCGGCGAGCACGGCAGCACCCCCCUGCACCUGGCCAUGUCGAAAGACAACGUGGAGAUGAUCAAGGCCCUCAUUGUGUUUGGGGCAGAGGUGGACACCCCAAAUGACUUUGGGGAGACGCCUGCAUUCAUAGCCUCCAAGAUCAGCAAACUUGUCACCAGGAAGGCGCUCUUAACUCUGCUGAGAACCGUAGGGGCCGACCACCGCGUCCCCUCCCUCCCGGGGAUCCCCACGGAGCAGGGCUCCACAGCAUCGCAGCGCCCCAUCUUCUCCCUGGAAAGAGCUCAGCCCCCGUCGGUCAGCUUAAACAACCUAGACGCGCAGGACCUGGUGCACAUCUCCCGGGCGCGGAAGCCGGCCUUCAUCCUGAGCUCCAUGAGGGACGAGAAAAGGACCCACGACCACCUGCUCUGCCUUGACGGAGGGGGCGUGAAAGGACUCGUCAUCAUCCAGCUCCUCAUCGCCAUCGAGAAGGCCUCAGGCAUCGCCACCAAGGACCUGUUUGACUGGGUGGCAGGGACCAGCACGGGGGGCAUCCUGGCCCUGGCCAUCCUGCACAGCAAGUCCAUGGCCUACAUGCGCGGCGUGUACUUCCGCAUGAAGGACGAGGUGUUCCGGGGCUCGCGGCCCUACGAGUCGGGACCCCUGGAGGAGUUCCUGAAGCGGGAGUUCGGCGAGCACACCAAGAUGACGGACAUCAAGAAGCCCAAAGUGAUGCUGACAGGAACACUUUCUGACCGGCAACCAGCUGAACUCCACCUCUUCCGGAAUUACGAAGCUCCGGAUACUGGACGAGAGCCUCGUUUCUGCCACAACAUUAACUUAAAGCCUCCAACUCAUCCUUCAGACCAGCUGGUGUGGCGGGCAGCCCGCAGCAGUGGGGCCGCCCCCACCUACUUCCGGCCCAACGGGCGCUUCCUGGAUGGCGGGCUGCUGGCCAACAACCCCACACUGGACGCCCUGACCGAGAUCCAUGAGUACAACCAGGACCUGAUCCGCAAGGGACAGGGCCACAAGGUGAAGAAACUUUCCAUCGUCGUCUCUCUGGGGACAGGGAGGUCCCCUCAGGUGCCCGUGACCUGCGUGGACGUCUUCCGACCCAGCAACCCCUGGGAGCUGGCCAAGACUGUUUUUGGGGCCAAAGAACUGGGCAAGAUGGUGGUGGACUGUUGCACAGAUCCGGACGGGCGGGCCGUGGACCGGGCCCGGGCCUGGUGUGAGAUGGUCGGCAUCCAGUACUUCAGACAGACUGAACCCCCAGCUGGGGACGGACAUCAUGCUGGAUGAGGUCAGCGACACGGUGCUGGUCAACGCCCUCUGGGAGACUGAGGUCUACAUCUACGAGCACCGGGAGCAGUUCCAGAAUCUCAUUCAACAGCUGCUCUCGCCGUGAGGCCGCCAGCACCCCCCCCCCGCCCUGGCCCCCACCCCCUUCUCUAUCCCUGCUGGGGAGCCCUAGCAGGGCCCAGACACUGCACUGCUGGGCAGGCCGGGCUCAGGAGCUGGGCCACGCGGGUCGGGCUCAGUGGGCACUGAGCCUUCUGCCUGAGGCUGGUCCCCAAGGCCUUUCUCCCCGUUCCGUCCCCACCUCCUGGCAUCUUGUGCCAUUCAGAGCUCCACUCAGCCCCUCUCCCUGACCAUAAAGGAGCAGCUGACAACUGACCCGAGGGGAUCCCUCACCCUGGCAGCUCAAACACUAAGGGUGCUAGGUGUGCCCCACCUCUGCCCGGCCCUCAUCUCCCAGAGAACCCCAAAGGGCUGCCAGUGCUCCAGCCUCUGAGUGGCUCUUCCAGGUUCCCUGGUGGGUGUGGCCUGCCCCUUCCACCCUCCACCCUUUCCCUGGGGGGUGGGGGUAGAGAAACCAGUGCCCCACCACCCCAUCCACCAGGAGCAGGACACCCCAUCGACUUUGCCCCUCGAUAAACACCCAGCCACCCACACCCUCAGAGCUGCCUCACCCUUGGAACUCUUCUCAGCAACCAAAGGUCGCUCCUGCGAGUUAAGCUAUUCCUUCCCACAAGGAAGUGGGCUGAGGAUCCACAAGGCUCCAUGGGGAGGGGCUCAGGGCCACCCCAGAACUGUGAAAUAAACGGUUAGAUUCAA